AUGGACAGAUACCAGUACGAGCCGCUGCCGCCAGACGGCAAGCACAUCCGGCUGGCGGUGCUUCACCCGCGCGCGUCCCCCCGCCCAGAGGACAUCCGCAUCACCAUCCAGCACGCGCCGCUCGAGGCCCGGCCCUUCAUGGCCCUGUCGUACGUCUGGGGAGACGCAAGCGACAGGCUCGACGUCGCCGUCGCCCAGUCGUCGACCGACGCGCCGGCCAAGCGCCUCUCGGUCACGGCCAACCUGGCAGAGGCCCUCGGCCACCUCCCCUACGCCGACAGCCACCUCGUCCUCUGGGUCGACGCCGUGUGCAUCAACCAGCAGGACCUGGACGAGCGCGCGCGGCACGUCUCCCUCGUGGCGGAGAUCUACGCCUCGGCGGAGCGCGUCCUCGCGUGGACCGGCCCCUCCGCCCCCGGCAGCAACGUGGCCGUGAACCUGCUGCACCGCAUCGCCGACUCGGUCGACCUCGACCCCGACCCCGACCCCGGGUCGCGCGCGCCGCGGCCCAGGCCCCGGGAGUCGCAGUGGACCAGGGAGAGCGGCGCGGCCAGCGCCUACUUCCGGCUGCUGCUCGACGAGCGCGUCGCCCUGCCCUGGGACGGGCCCGAGUCGCAGGCCCUCGAGGCCUUCUUCCACCGGCGCCCCGCGUCUCGGGCCUCGGCCACCUGCUGCGGCAGAUGCAGCGGACCGGCGCAGGGCCUCGCGGCGCGCAUCGCGCCCGACUACAGGAAGCCCGUGGUGGAAGUGUACAAGGAGCUGGUGCUCGCGGAGAUGGAGGCGACGCGCAGGGCCGACCUCGUGUCGGAAUCCCGGCGGGCCGACUCCACUUGUCCGGGUCGGCGGCCGUCGUGGGUGCCGGACUGGACCGUGAGGCGGGAGCGGGACCUGUGGCCGACGCCGCAGUGCGCCGAUGGGCAGUCGGCCGUGUCUGCGUGUGUGGUCGACGGGGGGCGGGGGCUGGCCAUCAAGGGCGUCUUGGCCGCGACCGUCGUCGACGUUGUCCCCAUGGCCGUUGCACGGAGCGCGGCGCCGCAGGAUCCCAUACUGCCGUCUGUCGUCGCUCUCAUACACGAGGUCGCCGCCAAGCUCCAUCUUUCCGAUGGGCCGGGGUACCGACCGUCGCGGGCGGACGGCAUGCUUGAGGCUCUGUGUUACGCACUGUCGGGUGGCUGCCUUGCCGAUGACAUGGCGGACGAAGUGAGGGAUGCGGCCACGCCCAGCAUGGCCCAGUUUCAGCGGCUGAUUAGGUUUGCGCUCGACACUACGGUUGGCGACGCUUCUCCGGCGACAGAGCCGAGCCGGGACGUCAUGACGGACGUCUUUCUCUGCGUCGGAAGCAUGGUGCGGGCGUGCGAGGAGACGGCGCUGCUCAUUACCGAGGAAGGCUUUGUCGGGGCCGGGCCGGCGCUUACACGGCCGGGGGACCAGAUCUCGGUCAUGCUGGGCUGCAUGAGACCGCUGGUGCUACGGGCCCAGGAGGCAUGGAGCGGUGGUGGUGGUGGCGGCACUGAAAACAGCAGCACGUAUGCCGUUGUCGGGCCCUGCAACGCACAUGGCUUGAACUGGGGCGAGGCCCUGCUUGGUCCGUUGCCGGAGGACGUGCGCCUCACAUGGGGCCCGUCCGGGCCUGUUUUCAGGAGUAGAAACACGGGUGAAGAUGCGGCGGCAGAUCCCAGGAUCGACUGGGACCUGCUGGAAGUCGGCGCCAAGGAGGAUGCGUUUGUGCAGAGGGCCACCGCGACAGACGGAGUGUCCAUGUACAAGAGGCCUGAUGCGGCGUAUUUUGCCAACAAGGGCGCCAGACUGAGAACCUUUCACUUGGUAUAA